UAUCGCCGGUGAUCGAUCCAGUCCAGUUCCGCAAUAGUUCCCCUCCUUUUCCCAAGUCUCCGCCCCUGCAGACACCACUAUUUACAACCAAGGUUAGGGUAUACCCUUGCCAAGCAUUGGGUUAGUCAAGGGCACCACUGUAACAGGAAGUGAAAAAUGCAAGUCAAAACUGGGAUUAUUUCUUGGUGCCUCCGAAAUCUACACGGACGCUCAACCAUCUGAGCUACCUUGUCGACCAAUUCCAGUGCCGUUACAUUACUUCUUCCCUAUCCAAGUUUUCUACCUUUAAGGAGUCACUAUUUACAAUAAAAGCUCGGGCAUCCCAUUGCCAAGCGUACACCCUGUACUUGAAACUGGGGUUUGUCACAGGCACCUAUGCAACAGGAGGGGACAUACGCACAACCAGACCGGGAUUCCAGCCUGGGACCUCCGAAAUUUAGAUGGACGCUUAAAACCACUAGAGCUACCUUGAGUGACGACCGACCCAGGCCAGUUCGGCUGCAGUAUAUGUAAAAAUAUGACAAUACAUAACCUAAGUUAUGCUGACACUACUAUCGCGAAAUUCAUGUAGUGAGGUGAAAUAUACUAUCUACACUAUCAGCAGGUGUACAUACGACCUGACCAUGGCUAAGACAACAGAUUACUGGGUGGAAGGAUUAGCAGCUGCUGUCUUUACUCCAUUUGACGAAAAUAGGCAGUUGGACUUAUCCAAGAUCGAGCCAUAUUGUGACCAUCUGUUGAAGCAUAAUGUCCGUUAUAUAUAUGUCAAUGGUACCACGGGGGAAGGGAACUCCUUAACUUUACAGGAACGUAAGAUGGUUGUUGAGAAAUGGAUCGAGGUAUCAAAAAAGAGGUUAUCAGUGAUGGUCCAUGUCGGGUGUAUGAACCUCACAGAAAGUCUUGAAUUGACUCGCCAUGCUGAACAAGCAGGAGCUGAUGCCAUAGCGACACUUCCGCCAUUGUUCUUUAAACCAACCAACAUAGAUGCCCUGGUGCGGUAUUGCAAGGCGGUUGCCGAUACUGCUCCCCACCUGCCAUUCUAUUAUUACCAUCUCCCUAUCAUGUCGCACGUAAAUCUGAACAUGGAAGACUUCCUUAACCGUGCUAAGGACGAAAUCCCCAACAUGGCCGGGCUGAAGUUCUCUGAUAAAGACCUGGUGGAUUUGAUUGGUUGCAGCUUUGUGGAUGGGGGACGCUACAAUUUGUUGUACGGCUGUGACGAGCAACUGAUGGCAGGUCUGGUGACAGGAGCUCACGGGGCUGUAGGCAGUCUACACAACUUCAUGCCAGACCUUUAUAACAGGAUGAUACAGCAGCUGAAGGAAGGGGACUUCGAUAGUGCUAGGAAGGAACAGAUACAGGGACAACGUCUGUGUAGGAUUGUGUACCGUUAUGGGUCGAUUUUGGGAGGAAAUGUCGCAGCGCUCAAGGCCAUUAUGUCUAUGAUAGGGCUAGAUAUGGGCCCUCCAAGGGAGCCGAUGAGAGCUAUAACAUCAGAGGAGUUCGGCAAAUAUAAAUCAGAAAUUGAAAGUAUAGGAUUUUCCGAAUGGCACUAAAUAAGCUUUCUGAUUAAAAGUUGUAACUUUUAGAUUAGAACGGUUAAUUUAAUACUCCAGGUUUUUUCAGCGAGAGUAUAUUUUGCGCUCUUGACAUUGACAGGAUGUUGAAAGAAGCUUUUAAAAGGAAUAAAAAUAAUAUUUUGUAUAUUUUUACACAGUAUUGAAGUAUUUAAACGGUGAAAAAGGAUAACUUAAAAAGGCAUCAGUCACAUGAAACACUAGAUCUAUGACUCUGAUAAUACUUUGACAUAAGAAAGCGUGAUUGUGGUGAAAUGAUAGCUCGUAAAAAAGGCACGAUGAAGGUUAAAUUGUCUGGAUAAGCAUGUUAUUUUUGGUGUAUUUUAUUUUAAAGGUUUAUUUAAAAAAAAAAACUCAUCUCCAGAUUGGUACGAAGAUGAAGAUAAGCUUGUUACAUGAAAUCGUUUGUACUAGAGUCAUUUUAGUUUUCAAAAGUAAAGGACUCUUUUGCAUAUUUACUUGGCAAACGUUCUUAGUUAAAAUGGUUUACUGGAGGAUCUUGGGCUUAUUCAAACAAAUUACCAUAUCAACUCUUAACUAACGCACUUACCACUGUUAAACGUCAAUUCAAACUUAUUGUUCUACUGCAUAUGGAUCAAGGAUAAUUAAGAACAGUUUUUACUUAUAAUGGUUAACUGCAAAAUCUCAUUUUGAUUUAUUUAAUUAAGUAACUUUCCAACUUGAAACUACUGUACUUACUCAAGUAAAAAAAAAAACUUAAAACAGGUUGUUGUACGAUAUAUUCACACAGCGAAAUUAAUCAAAUGUGGAUUUAGAUAACUCUUUAGAACUUCUCAAAAACCCUUAUUCUUUUGACAUCGGAACACUAUUUAUUAUCCUUAAACGAAAACAAACCUCUGUAAGCUUUCUUAUUAGUAUGCCAAUCUUUCUUUCCUUAAUACUGGUAAACGCUGAUAUACGUAUAUCAUUUACAAUAUAAAUAGGAAUUACUUGGCGAACGUCACUACUAGUUCUGCGAAAAUAUGUUUCAACAGACUAUCGAUACUCCAGUGAUUACAGAUUGUUCACCGCUUACAGCUGAUCCUUUUUGUACUCAUAGGAAACUGUAUUUAUAAAAUAACUCUAAAAUAUAGAAGAUAAUGAACGUGCUCAUUCCUUAAUGCACAUUUUCAGAUACAAAUGUGCAUUGUUGAGGUUUAUUUUCUAUAAUAGGACAAAUAGGACUGUCAGAACAUACUUGCAUAUCAUUAACCAUCUGGAACCAAAAAUCAAAGAUUCUUACCCGUUUUUUUUUAAUAUGUUGUAGUUUUCACAGGUUUAAAUCCAGAAAUACUUGAUACAUUUCCCGCAAAAGUACAACUGCUGAAAUAAACGGAUCUGAUGUU